UUUUCUCGCUUUUUAAAAGAGCUAGUAAAAUAAAAAAUACACAGUUUUGUAGAGAUUUAAAAUUCAUGAAAAUUCGUAUUUUAAAAUUUUUUAAAAGAUAUUCAACAAACAAAGUGUUCAACCAGUCAUUUUGACUGGUGCGGUCUUUCUAGUGUUAAGACUAAAUUCCAAAUUUCGUGACUUACUUGUUAACACUUAUUUUUAAACAUCUUUUAAGAUCAUGUAAUUUUCUGAUACUAAUUUUGCUUGGAAAAAAUCUCUGUUCGCAAGACCUUGAGUCUUAGGUCUUUUCAACUAAGUGUUGAUGAGCAAUAAAUGUGGAUAUUCUUAUCUUGUAGACCGUUUGCAAAAUUAGCUAUUAGCUAUAAAAAGACAUCCCUCUGCUCAAAGAAUUAUCAGUUCACUUCUCCAUCAACAAUGCAGAUACUUGGUGCAAUAGUUCUGUUUUUGGCAAUCUCGGUUUUUGCCGAUGAUCAAAGGAUUCCUCGUUCAUGUGCGGAAAUCAAAUCUUACAUAUCGGGUGUUUACAAAAUUCAACCGCAAUACGGAUUUGGUUCACCAAUUGAGGUUUAUUGCGACCAACAGUAUCUAGGUGGAGGCUGGGCAGUCAUCCAGAAUCGCUUUAAUGGUUCUACCAAUUUCUAUCGAGAUUGGAACUCCUACGUCAAAGGGUUUGGCGAUUGGAGCGGGGAAUUUUGGCUAGGACUUGAUCGGAUCCACGAGCUAACGUACUCCCAGAAAAACCAACUUCAUGUGGUGCUGGAGGAUUUCGAUGGUGUCAAGGCGGUGGCACAGUACAGCGAGUUUUUAGUGGCAGGUCCGGCGGAUAAAUAUCGACUGAGAAGUUUGGGAACAUACUCCGGCACUGCUGGAGAUUCACUAAGCUAUUCGCUCAACGGCGUUUUCCAGACCUAUGAUAUGGUUGAGAAUACAGGUUUGAACUGUCCGGUCAAUUUUGAAGGUGCUUAUUGGUAUGGUCAAACUGGAUGUUAUAAAAGUCAUUUAAACGGAGUGUACCUCAAAGGUAGCCAAUCUUUUAAUUGGAAAAUGAUGUGUUGGGAAAAAUUCAAAGGAGCAUACUCGCUGAAAGCCUCUAGAAUGAUGAUCCGGCCGGUUGUAUAAAAUGAACUACAGAG